AUGCCGUCGAAUCAAAGGCAUUCCUUCAAUAUAAAGUUGUGUUUGACGAAAAUGAAAACGUGUAACUUUGUCACUUUCACGAGAUUGGAAUAAUAACAUGUUCAACAACUUUUAAGAAAUUGGCUCGAAUCUAGGUUGUGCCUUUAGAUUUCUAGAAAAUGAACUAAGGAAUACAUUUUCACUUCUCUCACUGAUCCCAGAUCACAUGGACAUAUUGUCCUUGUUCGAGAGCAUCAAAUCCAUGAUGCAUUGUGGGUAWAUUGUGACUGACUGGCGGAUCUACAAACAUUAAUGAGUAGUUAUUUUUGAUGCAAAGUGAUUUGGAGAUCAGUCAGUCAGCAGCCACUUGCAAUGUCGAACAAGCUCAUUGACUUCUCCAAUCCCAAACCCCAGCAUGUGUCUGCUUGGUCAGUUUCGCAAGCGUUCCCGGUAGUCUCGCGAUGUUGCGCCUCUGGGUUUAGAAACUCUGCUACUGUUGUCUGACAGCUAGACGAGAACUGGCAUAGCUAGCUAGAUAUCUGAAAGGAAAUAAAGCAAUUUUCAACAUUGAUGGUUUCUAUAGAGGACUAUUUUAUACAUUGACAACCCCACAUAUCAGCUGUUAAAAUGAAAAAAGGAACGCGCUGUUGGGCCUAACUGCUCUGAGCUGAGUCUGUUCCUCAUCAUUCCCUUGACCCCUGACCCCCUGGACGGCGUAACCAUGACGACGGGGGAGUGUUGCCACCUCCCUGGCUCUCUGUGUGACUGCACUGGCAACGCUGCCCUGUCCAAAAGCGUGGAGGAGUCGGAUAACUGCAGAUCACAGUAUGUCACCCAGGUCACAGCCAAAGAUGGACGGCUGCUCUCCACUGUCAUCAAACCUGCGAGCACACAGAGCGAUGGGCCAAUCUGCCGGAUCUGCCACGAGGGGGCCAACGGCGAGGGCCUCCUGUCCCCCUGCGACUGCACAGGGACUCUGGGCACGGUGCACAAGAGCUGCCUGGAGAYGUGGCUCUCCUCCUCCAACACCAGUUACUGUGAGCUGUGCCACACAGAGUUCACAAUUGAGCGCAAGCCCAGGUCCCUCACAGAGGUAACAAAGUGGAUGCGGGACCCGGGCCCUCGGAACGAGAAGCGCACGUUGUUCUGUGACAUGCUGUGCUUCCUGUUCAUCACGCCCCUGGCAGCCAUCUCUGGCUGGCUGUGUCUGAGGGGAGCUCAAGACCACCUGCACUUCAACAGCAGACUGGAGGCCGUGGGCCUCAUCGCCCUCACCAUCGCCCUCUUCACCAUUUAUGUCCUCUGGACUCUGGUAUCAUUCCGCUACCACUGUCAGCUCUACUCUGAGUGGAGACGAACCAACCAGAAAGUACGCCUGCUCCUUCCAGACGCGAAGGGUGGGCAUUCUAGCCAGCAUUCCCUGCUCUCCACGAAGCUGCUGAAAAAGACAGCUGACGAGACCAUAGUAUGAGGUCAAAGGUGGGAAAAUUGAUGUUGGGGUUCUUCUUCGUGUGCUGGAGGUUUGUGGCAAAAAAAACAAGUCUCCAACCAGAGCCCAAGCAUUUGUGGAUGCAGAUUUUUWAAAUUUUUCUGUUUAAAUCCUUUUUUACCUACGUGUAUCAUCAUCAGCACUUCAUUUUAUACCUUUCUUUUUUAUUUAGUCGUGUUAUAGCCUUUACUGGCGUUUUUUAUAUUGAUCAGGUAAAGAAAGCAGUAUGUUAGAGGCCAUUGAGUACCGUGCAGUAUAGUGUUUUGUGAAGGUUUGGAAAUGGGAAGUUGAUUGGAUGGUACUCCACUGGGCCCUGCAAGAAGACGGCGAAGGAUUGGACUGAUGCUCAGUGGAGAUGGCUGUCGAAGCUUUAAAACUGAACGCUAGCGUUGAAGUGAACAUUUACUCUCUUUAUUUUCAGUUCUCCUCAACCGUCUAUAAAAGUGAGGCAUGGAUCGUUGAUGCUGAUCUAAGGCGAUUCAUCCAGCAGUUGAUUCCCUAACCACUGAGUGCAGAAGUGAGAAGUUUUGACUCCGGUUCACCAGCCACAGGCUAUUCCACUGGGGGAUUAUAUAUGCUCAUGCCAUUUUUAUACGCAAUUCAGUUGACUCCCUUCAAUUUAACUCCCAUCUGUUUUCCCCUUGGUGUGAGCAGGAAUGUUGUUCAUGAAGAUGGAGAUUGUGCAAUAAAACACUGUGGACGCAGGUGCUCUCGCAGUAUGUGAGGAGACUGCCCCCAACACGCACAGUUUUGCAUGCAUGCGAUGCACUGUUUAUUUUUUUUAUUUCGUUGGGGGGGAGGGGGGUAUUGUUGUUGUUUUUUUUUACUUUGGGUGAUUGAAAGAUCGGUUGGUUGAGCUUCCAUUGAUUUAGUGUUGCUAGUGUGUAUGUUGCUCAAGGUUUCCUCCCUGGGAGUAUAGAGGUCUCAUACUAUCAGCACUUAAUAGAAAAAAACUGUUCAAAUAGAGUGAGCUGAUCUCUAGAUGCCACUGAUGAAGAAAAACCUUUAUGGAAAUGUGUAUCCCACAAACAUGAAGUUCAAACUUUUUGUGGUUGAAGGAAAGUAAGGCUUACCUUUCCACUAUCGCAUGGUCAAGAUCAGACUUACAGGAAAUCAAUAGUACAUUGCUCUCCUAUGAUGAGAUUCCAAUGAAAAGCUUUUAAUUUGUGUUUUUUUUUGUAUUGGUGUGUUUUCUUUUUGUGUYGUCACGUAACAAUAGCUAGUAAUGACAUCCAGAAAGAGCGUAGAUUGGUUGGUUGAUGUUACUUCAGGUUUUGUAGAAGUUGUAUUCCCUCCGAUAUGCAGUCGACCAGACUCUGACGCCUACACUCAGACGUACCUACUGACUGUACCUUGACAGUAGAACCCAGUGUCUGGUUCUAGACUGUUAUGGGUUUUGUUGUUAUCCAUCUACCACAACUUUAAGACAUAUGAGGUAACCUCUGGAUGAGAGAGAUGUGCAAAAACAGCAUAGGUCUUUGUGUGGGUUUUGUGCAUUUGAUUUCUUCCCUGUACACUGUAUGGUCCUUUCGGACGUUCCUCUGUCUUAGCGAAGCUUCAUUUUGACAUAUUUGUAUAUGUAUUGUUAAUCAUAGCGUCCUUGGUUGACCAUACAAGUAUUGACCCUGAAUCUUAAAAGCUGUUAACAGGCCUAAAGAGAGGAGGAUUAAUGCAAAUAUCCUCCUCAGUAGGGGAAGCUCACGUUAUGGUGCACAGAAGCCAAAAACCUAGGCCUAGGUCACUCUUUUUGAUUUUUUCUAUGAUAGUCGAAUUUGUUUUAACCCCUUCAUAGCAAUCAUGCUCCUAUCUAUUGCUCAUCUGUAGGGGCAGGUUCAACUCUUCCGGUACCUGAGGGUUGAUCCCCUGAAGGGCUUUGCGGUGGAACAGCUAUGCACUGGAAAGGUUUAUUUAUGCAGCUGUAAGAACCCUGGUUGUGGGAGUGGCAUUCUGAAAUCAGAUUAAACUUGGGGGGAAAAUUGUGAUCUACAGUAAACAAAGUAGGUAGUCAUCCUCAGCAUAGACGGACACUAGUCAGCCCAGUUCAGUUCAGUGUAGUGUCCUGUUGGGAGACCCAUUUUGAAAAUAGAUAGAAAUGUUUUUGUUGUUGUAAAGUGGCGAUUGUCACUGAAGGAAUCCUCAUCUGGUGUUAAAGGGUUGAUAACGUUGUGCAAUAGUAAUACUAGAGUUUAGUAUGAGGUUAUUUUCCUGUGGGUGUGUGGUGGGGUGGAACCGUGUUGAGGAUUUUUCAGGGUGGAGAGAGUUCUUAUCUGCGUCGUCAGCGAUGGGCCACUGCCCGUGUCACAUGCUGUCUCUGAUUGGUGAGUUCGCCUCCAGCUGACGUGUUGGGAGCUAUGGAGACUUUGCAAUGUCGGGUGUAGUUACAGCAAGUGUGCAAUUCGAUCACUUCACAGUGCAAUUCUUACCUAUAACCUUAACAAUACGUAAUGAAAGCAGAAGUAUAAUGUAGAAGUAAGUGCAUAUGAAGGAUCGUAGCAGUUCGCUCACUCGUGCAGGCUGAGAAGGUCAUGAUAGGAUGUUGGAUUUUUCUAUGCGAGUCUUGAGUUGCCUACAAUAUGCUCAGAGACAUUCAACUCCAGUGUUAUAAACGCUAACUCAAACAGUUCCUUCUCUCCAAAGAAGCAUUGAUUCUUGUGUUUUUAUACCAGUAUAUCAAACGGCACUUUCACAAAACUAUAAUGGAAAUGAAUACAGUGUGGUUGUUUAUAUCAUCUCCCAAUACAGACUUUGAAAGGGAUUUAAAAGUGUUACUGAUAUUGUACAAUUUUCCCAGUUUCUGGUUCGGAUAUUGCUCCUCUGAUUUCGUUUUUGAUUUGAAGAUGAAACCAAGGGUCCAGGGCAUUGUCAUGCUCGUAUGUAAAAGGAGCAACAUAUCAGCUUUGUAGACUUGUUUUUGUUAAUGUUUUAAUCUCGUGUUCAUUUUACCACAGUUUUUAAUAUAUUCAUGUGUAUCAUUUGUAAUUUGUUUCAAUUAUUCAUUAAGCACAGGAUUUGUAUCAAUCUUACACUAUAGUAUUUCAAAACAUGUUAAUGUUGUGCAAUGUAUAAAGAAAGAUGUCUUCACCAAGAUAUGUUGGUGCUUGCAAUCAGCCAAGAAAAGUGUGCAAAGCAAAUUUAAAAAUGAAGCUACAGAAUGGAUAAACA